CGCAUCCCCGGGUUUCUCUGCGCCCUUUCCCUCCGCGAUCAGCGAGCCCUGAUCAAUAGGUCGCAUCUGAAUGACUUAUUGGGGAAGAUUAAUUAUUUAUCUCGAAAAAGUUUGACCAAGGAAGAAAAAAAACAAGGUGGAUAUUUCAUUAUAACAUAUUUUGCAGAUUUUUUUGUAUCUGUGAUUUCUCCAAAGCGUUAUGUAGGUCUUUCACUCCAGUGGAGAUGCUCCCUCCUUCUCCCCCCUCAGCUUCUCCUCACCGCCACAUCUGCCUGCUGGACACUUUUCCGCCUUGCACGCUGGUAAAUGCUCUUAGAUGUUCAAAGACCUGCCUCUUUGCUUCACUUCUCCAAGCUUUUUUUGCUGGUGCACUUGUGCCCGGUGCAGGGAGCUGAGCUGGGGUUCGAGGGGCUGAUGCAUCAGCUCGGUUUCAGCACGCUGGACAGCGCUCGGGGAAGUUGGAGAGGACGCGCCGACGCGUAAAAGGAUUUAACUGAAAUCAUGAUCAUGGUUGAUUUUAAGUACUCAUUAGUACCGACGGGCACAGGUAAACCGAAAGCGGAUUUUCUGGCAUGAGACAUGGACUUUGCUGAAAUCCUUUUCGCUUUGUUCAUCUUCGUCGUGGCGGUCGUGUCCCUGUUGUCAAACUUGUUGGUGCUGCUAUGUUUCGUCCACAGCGCCGAGAUCCGCCGACAGGUGCCCGGUGUUUUCACCAUGAACUUGUCCUUCUGCAACAUACUGAUCACCGUGUUGAACAUGCCGGCCACUUUGCUGGGGAUUAUCAGGAACCAGCAGCCCUUUGGAGACUGCGUGUGCCACGCGGUGAGCUUUCUGGAGACUUUCCUGACGGCCAACACCAUGCUGAGCAUGGCGGCGCUCAGCAUCGACCGCUGGAUCGCGGUGGUUUUCCCCCUCAGUUACGCCACCAAGAUGCGCUACAAGGACGCGCUGAUCAUGGUGUGUUAUUCCUGGCUGCACUCCUUCACCUUCUCCCUCACGGCCAUGCUCUUCUCCUGGCUCGACUACAGCCACGUUUACGCGUCCUGCACCCUGCAGGCCAGCGGGGAGGAAGGCGGCGACAGGAUUAAGUUUACCAUCUUCACCGUGGUUUUCCACGCCACCAGCUUCAUGCUCUCCCUGCUCAUCUUGUGUUUCACGUAUUUAAAAGUGCUGAAAGUCGCCAGGUUUCACUGCAAGAGGAUUGACAUCAUCACAAUGCAGACGCUUUUCCUGCUGGUCGAUAUACACCCAAGCGUGAAACAAAGAUGUUUAACAGAGCAGAAGAGGAGAAAGCAGAGAGCCACAAAGAAGAUCAGCAUCUUCAUAGGCUCAUUUAUCAUCUGCUUUGCUCCUUAUGUAAUUACAAGGUUGGCCGAGCUUCUCCCAUUUGUGGACAUCAACCGUCACUGGGGAAUCAUCAGUAAGUGCCUCACGUACAGCAAGGCUGCGUCCGACCCCUUCGCCUACUCCCUCCUACGUCAGCAGUACAAGAAAGUCCUGGUUACCGUCGUCAACAGGCUGCUGCGCCGUGACCUCUACCCUUCAUCCGGACACAACAGCUCUUUAGACACUGAGAACGACUACUGCCUCCAGAGGAUCAGCUAAUGGCAAGCGCGAAAAGACAUGGCAGAUACAAACCACAGCACCGGCCAAAAAUAAAGGUUAGCUCUUGAACGAAAGUGGGUGGAAGGGAUGGAACGAAGAGAGAGAGAGAACAGGAUAUUGUUGGGGAUCGGAAAAUAAAGUGAAGGUAAGGGACAAAUUGUGGGUGGAUGGUGAGGAAAAGAGGAAAAAGAUAAGGAAGAUGGUGGGUGGAGAAGAGUGAAAAGGCAAUAAUGAGGGGGAGGAUGGAACGGAAAAAAGAUGAAGCAGGGAUAGGUGAGGGGAGAGGCCAGACAACGAGUGAUGGGAUAGUAUUGGUAAACAAGGGAUCUGUGAUUCAUCAAAGACAGAAAACUACACAGAAGCACACACAGAUCAGACCAAUCAAUUUCACGCUGCCAGUCAUGGGUUUGGAUUGUCUGAAAUUGACGGACCACACGGAGGAGACAGGCUUCAACACUUUCAGACACAUGUUAAAAGAAGUGGGGCAUAGUGCUGAACCCACCACCUUAUAAUUAUUUUGGCAAGUCCACACGUUCUGGCCCGGCUGCAUCGCAGAGACAGAAGCUGGCGGUGGAUUGGUCAGCGGAGAUGUUUGGUUCCUGCUUCUGGAUCCCCUCGGUGAAGGGAUGUACUCGGGACACGUGAGACUGAAAUGCUGCACAUUAUAGCCAUGUUCUGUAUUGACCGUGUUAGACUACUUUGCAGUGUCUUGUCAGUCACUGAAAAUGAUGCACUUUGUUUCAAGUUUCUCUGCAGGAGCCAAAAGCGGUUAACAUUCACAGGGAAACGUCUGGUGAUGGUUUAUAUUUUUCUUACGGUCAACAAGUUUCACAAGAAGGCAUCAAUAAGCAAGGAGUUCCUCCGUCUCGAUAUUCUACAAGCUCCCGUUUUUUGCACGGAGCAAAAACGGUGGUGUUUUCAUGCGUUUUGGCCGUUCGUUUACACGAAAACGAAGGUCAAAGUCACCAAAAACGAUAAUUUCUGAAAACUCCGGCCAAAGUGGAGAUUUUCAAAAACUCUGUUUUCACGUUUGCUUGUAAACGGAAGAAAACAGAGAUUUAGGCUUCAGAACGUCACAUUAUGCCACAGAAACGUCACCAGCAUCAUUUGUGCGACCUGUGUUUACAAUUUGUUUGGCCACCGUCAAUAUUUUCUUGUAUUUGACCUGUUUUAUAUUCUAAAGUCACACUUAAAAGUAACUCCACUUCUCUGUCACUCCAAACGAAAGAUUCUCAUUCCGUCUUGGAAGUAACUGGCAGUCAAAGCUGAUUUAUGGUUCCGCGUUACACCAACGCAGAGCCUACGGCGUAGGCUACGCGGCGACGCGCACCGUACGUAGGCUACGCCGUCGAUUUAACGCGGAACCAUAUUAUUCAGGCUUCACACGUGUCAUUUGUUGACGUUUUUUUCCAGGAUUCUGAUUGGCUAGCAUGACUUUAUCUUCUCGUUACACUGCCCCCUGCAGGUUUGGAUGCUCAUAGCACCUUAACAGCGUAUUUAUGCGGAUUUGUGUAAACGAAGAUAUUUUUCAAAACGUAGAGGGGGAAAUAUCCGUUUUUGUAAAUACCCGGCUAUGUGUAAACGUGGCCUAAGCUUUCACUUUACUGGCAGACAGAGAGGUGUGAAUUGCAGGAAAGGUUUAGUUGCACAGCCAGAAUCAAACUGGAAACAUUGCAGUGUUGACAUAUGUUGCUAAUCCAUUCUGAAAAUGGAUUCCAUUAAAAAAAAAGGACAAAAUAUCCCAAUCUCGUGUUAAUUAGCUCAUUGCAUGUAAUUGUGACGUAUACUAUGUUUGUUUCCUUUGUAAAUGAGGCAAGACGUGUCACUCAGAGAGCUAGAAUGAGGCACUUCCCUAAAGGCAAAGCAAGUUUAUUUAUAUAGCACAAUUCAACAACAGGGUGAUUCACAGGGCUUUACAAAGACAUUGAAAAGCAUGAUUUAAAGUGUAAACAAAAAAUCCUACUACUACUAAUAAUAAAACAAAUAAAUUAAAUUAAAUUAAAUUAAAUAAAACAUCUGUGUGGAGUUUGCAUGUUCUCCCCGUGCUUGCGUGGGUUUUCUCCGGGUACUCCGGUUUCCUCCCACAGUCCAAAAACAUGCAUAUUAGGUUAAUUGGUGAUUUUAAAUUGCCUGUAGGUGUGAGCGUGAGUGUGCAUGGUUUGUGUGUUUUUAUGUGGCCCUGUGAUGGACUGGUGACCUGUCCAGGGUGUAACCCCUGCCUCUCACCUGAAAUGAGCUGGGAUAGGCUCCAGCAGACCCCCGUGACCCUAAAGGAUAAAGCGGGUAUAGAUAAUGGAUGGAUGGAUGGAAAUAAAACAUAAUUUACAGGAUUUAAAAUAAUAACUUACUAAUAAUUAACAAAUGAGAUGCAAGAAAUAAAGGUUGCAGUGCAUUGUGGGAGAUUACUGAAAUGCAGCAGUAAAUAAAAAAGGUUUUCAAACUUGAUGUAAAGCAACUGAGAGUUUCAGUAGCCCUGAUGCAUUCUGGGAGUUAGUUUCACAGGUGAGGAGCAUAAAAGCUGAAAGCUGCCUCACCGUAUUUGGUUCUAACUUUGGGUACAGAAAGUGACCCGGACACCCUGAGGGUUCUGGUUUGUUCAUAAUAGAUCAGGAGAUGAGAGAUGUAUUUUGGCCCGAGACCAUUCAGAGAUUUAUAAACCAACGGCAGUGUUUUAAAUUCUAUUCUGCGACAAACAGGAAGCCAGUGUAAAGAUCUAAGAACUGGGUUUAUAUGGUCCACUGUUUUGGUCUUAGUGAGGACUCGGCAGCAAACGUUCUGAACUAACUGCAGCUGUUUGAUGGAUUUGUUAGGGAUAUGGAGGGAGAUUUGUGUC